UCUGCCUUUGCAAAAGAAGUGAGUCUGUGAAAGAUUUUUUGCUGGGGGAACUAGAUGCUCAUCCUGAUGUUGUUUCUGCUGAGUCCAUUUAUAGCUGCUGCACACACACACACACACACACACACACACACAGAGAGAGAGAGAGAGAGAAACUUGCCAUCGUGCUGCUGCGCUGUUAAUCUGCAUUGCACCAGAAGCUGGCUGUGUGCAGACAUGAUAACAAUCCCAGAUCUGAUCAGGAAGAAGAGGGAUGGAGGACAGUUAAGUGAUGACGAGAUCAAAGCCUUCAUCCAGGCCGUUAAAGAGAAAACCAUUCAGGACUCUCAGACAGGGGCCAUGCUGAUGGCUAUUUGGCUGAAUGGGAUGGUCUCCGCCGAGAUUAAGGCCCUGACCCGAGAGAUGAUGUCAUCGGGAGAAGUGAUGGAAUGGCCCGAUGAGUGGAAAAAUUUCAUGGUGGACAAACACUCGACUGGCGGGGUGGGAGAUAAAGUCAGUCUGGUGUUAGCGCCAGCGCUAGCUGCCUGCGGCUGUAAGGUUCCUAUGAUCAGUGGGCGGGGCUUGGCUCAUACAGGAGGAACUCUUGAUAAACUGGAAUCAAUUCCAGGAUUCAAGGUGGAGCAAUCAAGAGAGCAGAUCCUGGAGAUCCUGGACUCAGUGGGCUGUUGCAUUGUGGGUCAGACAGAGACUUUGGUUCCUGCAGAUCGAGUCCUGUACGCUCUGCGGGACAUCACCAGCACCGUGGACAGUUUACCUCUGGUUACUGGUUCGAUCAUCUCAAAGAAAGGAGCCGAGUCUCUGUUUGCUCUGGUGCUGGAUGUCAAGUUUGGACGAGCUGCUAUCUGCAAAGACUUGGAAAGUGCUACAGAACUAGCUCAGAUGCUAGUGGAAGCAGGAAACGGCCUGGGCAUACAUACAGCAGCUGUGCUCAGCGGCAUGAACAGUACGAUCGGUCGAUGUGUGGGAAACAGCGUGGAGGUGAUCGAAUCUCUGGAGACGCUGAAGGGAAACGGACCCGAUGACCUGAUGGAGCUGGUCACGACUCAGGGCGGCUUGUUGCUCGUAAUGACUGGUCUAAUGUCUGACCUAUCAGAAGGCAGAAAGCAGAUUUCCGAAGCUGUGGUUGGUGGAGCAGCGCUGUCAAAGUUCCAGGCCAUGAUGGAGGCUCAGGGCGUGAACAGCGACACAGCUCAGCUGUUGUGCUCCACCAACGCAGAUUACUACAGCGUCCUGAGAAAAGCGAAGCAUCAGCUGGAACUGAAGGCUCCUGCAGACGGUAUCGUUUUGGAGAUUGACGGUUUGGUUUUAGCUCAGGUGCUUCACAGAUUGGGUGCGGGGCGAUCAAAGGCUGGAGAGCCUGUCAAUCACAGCGUGGGGGCGGUGCUACUGGUGUCUAUAGGUCAGAGGGUCACAAAAGGCGACCCGUGGCUGCGGCUCCAUUAUGAGGAUCUGGCGCUGACCCCAGACCAGAGGAAUCACCUCGAGAGCGCCCUGACUGUGGGAGCAGACAAAAAAAUACAAACACAACAGAAACACACUUUGGUGGAAAAGAUACUACCUGAGAAAUACCAGUGAUUCUUGAGAUAAGGGACAAAACAUGUCCGCCAGAUAAAACCCAAUUUGAGGGUUAAAAAUAUGCAUACAAGUGUUAACCCAACUGACUGAAAGAAAAGCCAAGGCAAUGUUUAUACAACAAAAUUAUGAUUUUGCAUUUUUUAUACAUAUACAUUUAUUUUAAAUGGUACAAUACAUUACCAGUACCUUAAAAAUCCAAUGUCCAGAAGCAGGUGUGAUAAUAUUACAAUACAGAAAAAAAUUAAAAGUAAUUCAAAAUGUAAACAUCAUGGCUCUCGUCACUAAAUAUUUAAGUCAAUAUCUUAUAUAAUAUCAAAAUAUAUGCAAUUGAAAAUGUAUUUUUACAUAUUUUUUAAGUGAUUAAAAUCGUGUCCAGAGUUUUUGUCAACACCAUCAGAUUUUUUUUAAAAGUGCAAAAAAAUCAGGAAUUAUUGUGGUUAGCUUACACUCUGAGGACCCCUUUACCACUUCCUGUUUGAUACACAUGCCAUGAGGUCACUGCUGUGAUAAGGUUUUUUUGUUUUUUUAUUUCAUUUAUCGCAUACCUUUCUGAGAAAACCCUGUGUCACAACCAUAGUGUGUCAACACCAAAGUCGAUGAAAUGCAAGAUUUAAGUAUCUUUUUUAUAAAAAGCUUAAUUUAGGUAGAUUGUAGAGGCCAUAAGCAAAUGAUGCAAAACAAGAUGGCUUCUGUCAGAAAAACAUUUGUUAUGAGAGAAAGUAGGGUGUCAACACCAUCAGGAUUUUUGCCUGACAGUGUGGACCCAUUUCCAGUGGUGUUGACAAAUGCCACAAAAGUGUCCCAUUCACUAAUUAUAUUAAGUUCUUUUAAUUAAUAUUUCAGUCAUAUUACUUUCUGUGUAUUUUACUGAUAUUUCUGCUUUACAGAUGUGUUGAAUAUUAUCGAAUUUGCCUUAUCUCGAAUCUCAU